AUGUGCGGCAUCUUUUGUCUGUUGAGUCUGUCGGCCGCUCGGUGUGCGUGGAGCGAAGCGGUUCAUGAGCGUUUGAAGAGAAGGGGGCCCGACUCGAGCCAGGACGUCACAGUCGGAGGCACAGAUGCCCACAUUCUCCACAUGAAGGGUCUUCUUACCCCUCAGCCGGUUCAAGACCACACUGGGAAUGUUCUGGUGUGGAACGGGGAGAUUUUCGGAGGUCUCCCGGUGAUGCCAGAGGAAAAUGACACGGCCGUUGUCUCUCAGCGUCUAUCAUCCUGUGACGGCCCUUCGGAGAUUCUGUCCGUCCUGUCCACUUUAUGUGGGCCGUGGGCAUUUGUUUACCACCAGAAGGCUGGAGACUACCUCUGGUUCGGCAGAGACUUCCUUGGAAGGCGGAGUUUGCUGUGGACAUUUGAUGCAGAGGUCAACGCCUUGACCCUGACUUCUGUGGCGGCCCGUGAAUCUGGACCUACGCAGUCUUCUUGGCAGGAAGUCCCGGCGGUUGGUGUGUACAGGGUCGACCUGAAGGCGGAACAGUCCGGCUGUUUUGGAGUCGGUCCCCAGCGGCUGCACCGCCGUCAUGAACCGGUCCGGCCUCGUACUCACCUCGUACGUGUGCCCUCUCAAUAUGAAAAAAAAAAAAUGCGCCAGGAGCGCGUUUGCCAUUUGGUGCAUCUGCUGGAGACGGUGCUCGAUGACAGCAUUGGCUGCGCCGUGUGAUUCGCAGCAAGAGGGAUCGGGUACGUCACGGGGCACGGUGACCCGAGGCCCUUCACGUCGUCGGCAAAGGUGGUUUUGACAGGAAUCGGGGCGGACGAGCAGCUGGCCGGUUACUCCAGACACAGAGUCCGAUUUACAGCGUCGGGACACGAGGGGCUGAUCCAGGAACUGGAAAUGGAGCUGGGCAGGAUCCCGUCCAGGAAUUUGGGCAGAGAUGACCGAGUGAUCGGGGACCAUGGGAAAGAGGCUAGAUUUCCCUACUUGGACGAGGACCUGGUGAGCCACUUGAAUUCUUUGCCCGUGUGGGAGAAGGCGGACCUGUCGCUUCCUCGCGGCGUCGGGGAGAAGCUCCUCCUGAGGCUCACGGCGAAGCGGCUGGGCCUCGGCCAGUCGGCCGUCCUGCCCAAGAGAGCCAUGCAGUUCGGAUCCCGCAUCGCAAAGAUGGAGGCCCGCCAUGAAAAGGCCUCUGACAGAUGCACAAGACUGCUCACCGAGUAGACAAAUCAUUGGUUUUAAUGCAAAUAAUGUAUAUAAAAAAAUAAACAUUAAUGGAAAAUGUUCAUUAGAAAAUCCCUUGCAGUACAAUUCAUAUUUAAAGGCUUAUUUACAGUUACAAUUCUUGAAAUUGGCCAUUUGAUUAGUUAUCGUUGCAUAAAUAUGGUGUUUUUGUCCAGUUCCCAGUUCCUACACCAUGUAAGAGCCAGCGUCUUGAAGUUUCUCUCUGAAGUAGAGGUCACAUUCAAUAUAGGAAGGCAAGUUUCCAACGUCGAAACGCCCAGAAAUCUGAUGAAUGUAUACUGGCUCUCUGAAAGUAAAAAAACUAAACAAUAAAGUAUAAUUUAUUGAGAAAUACACGUGACAAAUUGAUUUUUAAAGUAUUUGUUUUAGCUGAGUACAUCAUUUUUUACGUGUAUAGAAAGUUUUAAAAGAAAAAAAAGAGGACCGGCCGGUCGCCACAAAGCGGAAUUACAAAUAGAUUUGCAUAACGAUGCUGAUCCCGGACUCUUGAGGGUCCGGCAGAAAUUACCUUGGAAUGAGCCAAGACACAAAGUUCCCCGGGGCGUCUUUCUCAUCAAUAGGAGCCUCCUAUGGAAACAACAAGAUGAGUAUUAAAAGUAAAUAAAUAAAAACGAUUAACAUCGCAUGUCGUACUUUUGAUUAUUAAAUGUACCUUCUUUUCCUCAAGAAAGGUAUCCAACAGAGGAAGGCUUUUCUUUGAAAACACAUAGAAACAUUGACACUGAAAAACAAAUGCAAGAAGUUAUUGUCUCCAAAGUGGUGUAGAUGUAUACUGUACAUGUAUAUAAAAUAUAGCUUUCUCCGGAGAUUUUACAGAAUAACAACGUUUCGAUUAACCACAGGGGCCGGUGUGCGAGAUUAACUGGUUUUAGAAUUAACUGUUUUUUGAAUUAAAUGUUUUUUUGUUUGCGUGCGGGAGGCAGAUGUGUCGUCGGAGCGGCCUCUCAGGACCCAAGUCGACUCACUAGGAAAUACACAUUUCCAUCGCUUAUCCUCUCUGUCGCGUUCUUUUUAUGGGAUGUUGUUAAAGACUAAACACGGAUGACUUCGCUGUGAAAUGCACCACCUGUUCGGGAGGCUGUGGUUGAGACGCCGAGGACACUUAGCGAGGACCAGAGUGAAGGACAACGUAGGUGGCUCUGUUGAUGCCUGUUCAAUAUACUACUAACUUCAAUAAAUACUUGACAAAA